AUCGUCCUGUUUUCAGCCCCUUUUACUACCAGACUGCAAUCCGAGUUGUAGUUGACCCGGAUAAGAGCAUACCACACAUUUAGUUCUGUUGUUUGUAUAUGGAGAUCCAGACUUUUGUCAGCUAAAGGUCAUGAUUAGAUUAGAUUCGUCCAAUCUCUGGGGUACGCCCGGUCUCACUGAUCAUAAAGAACUCGUUGUUGACAUUGAUGAAAUCAUGGCACAGGAAAGGUUUGCUACGGAGUAAGCAGACUUACAAAAAGCCAGGAAUGUGCUGCACGUGGGAGAAGAGGAUAGCGGUGAAUUUGGCUUAAAUUGUUAUGAUUAUAUUGAGUGGCGCUCGCAGAUAAAAAUGUUUCAACGGUGAUCUGGACGGGAACUGAAAUAUUCUGAGCAAUUACACUGGAGAUUAAUGUCCCUUGGUAGCAUUUAAAUCCAAAAUACUGGCGUGAAUUUGGGUGUUUUCUAACAUUAUGUAAACGUUAUUUUUUGUUGUUGUUUUUUUUACAAGCACAUCAAGCAUUUUCGGCUGUCCCGUCAAGGAAAAAUGACGGCUCUAGAAGAUUUUGUUCGUAGUUUCAAAAUUCGGGUCGUCCUCGUGAAGCUUCGGUGCCGAGUGACAUCGAACCCGGAAGUGCUGCGUGCGUUCAGUCCAUUCGCGUUGCGUGCAACACGCUCAACAUGUCCACGUCUCCCGUCAAAAGUUUCCUAGUCAACCAUUUCAUGCCGGAGAAAUGUUAUGCGGAGCUUUUGGUCAACUUCAAUUUGCACGUGCCAUGUUUGACGUUAGUCCUCAACAAAAUCAUCGGACUGUGGCUUGUUUUGGACGUAGUUUUUGCUCAGCUUCUGCAGCUGCUCAAGAUUCUAUGGGGACGGAAUGCGGAGGGCGUGAAUUCAGUUUCCAUCCUGCUGCAACUUUACGCCUCGUCUGGACCUGUCCUGUUCGCCAUGACCCACAACUUCCCACUUCUUGCCUGGGGUGAGAGGCUUUUCUUGACCAUCCAGACCACAAUCAUUCUCUUCCUCAUUCUGCAUUAUCGGGGGGACACUUGGAGAGGUAUUUUGUUUGUGUUGGCUUAUGGUGGUUUAAUAGUCCUCAUGGGAUCUUAUGCCCCUGCGCAAGUUAUCUCGGCAAUGCAGUCUUCCGGUUUGGCAGGAAUAAUUGCAAGCAAGAUUCUUCAGGCAGGAACUAACUAUAGGAAUGGCCACACGGGUCAGCUGUCAUCUGCGUCUGUAUUGUUAUCCUGUGCAGCCUCCUUGGGUCUCAUCUUUGUUUCACUGCAGGACACGGGGAAGUCUCUUGCCACAGCUAGCUACCUCAUGUCUGCCUGCUUCAGCUGCAUCUUGCUGGCUCAGGUCCUUUGCUAUGGGAACAAUAAGAUUUCCAUGUUGAGCUGCUACUAAUAAAUGAACGUUAAAGGUACACUGCGUUGAAUCUGGUGCCAUCUAGUGGUGAAUUCACAGAAUAGGGAAAUUAUAGAUUGGAA